GAUCGUCAAAAAACUCUGCUGCGGUGGCAAUUGGGCUGUCACAUGCCAACGGGACCGAGAGGACAUAACUGGGGCAACUGAAAAUGUCAUUGUUUUUCUUCUGAAUUAGUCUGUUCAGCAUACUACAUAUGAGACCAACAACCAUAACUCUAACCGAGAAAAUUUCACAACACUGGCUUUAUAAACGCCCUGAGACUUUGCGAAUUAAGAACAGAGUCUUUGAGGAGGGUGAAGAUGCCUUUUCACCAUGUGAGAGCAGGGCUGCUCUACACAGACAACUACCUGAGCACCUCUCUCUCCGAAACUAGUGAAGAACAGCUUGCCAACAUCUCCACAGAGGAGCUUGGCGAGAUUCGAGAGGCGUUCCGAGUUCUAGAUAGGGAUGGGAACGGAUUCAUCUCGAAGCAGGAGCUGGGUAUGGCCAUGCGCUCUCUGGGGUACAUGCCCAGUGAGGUGGAGCUGGCUAUUAUCAUGCAGAGACUGGACAUGGACGGUGAUGGACAGGUGGACUUUGAUGAAUUUAUGACAAUAUUGGGACCUAAACUUGUUUCUUCUGAAACCAGAGAGGGCUUCUUAGGAAGUACAAUAGACAGCAUUUUCUGGCAGUUUGACAUGCAACAGAUGUCCCUGGAGGAGCUCAAACACGUCCUGUUCCACACCUUCAGAGACCAUCUCACCAUGAAGGACAUCGAGAAUAUUAUCGUCACUGAGGAAGAGAGCUUGAAGGAGAACUCAGGAAACUGCCAGACCGAAUUUCAGGGAGUGCAUUCGAAAAAGAAGAAUCGCCAGACGUGUGUCCGCAAGAGCCUCAUCUGUGCUUUUGCAAUGGCCUUCAUCAUCAGCGUCAUGCUCAUCGCAGCCAAUCAGAUGUUGCGGAAUGGCAUGGAGUAGCCCCGCCCACUGU